AUGGCAUCACAACCACUGUGGCUGCGCUGCGAAACGAAGCCUGCCGAGCACCGCUCCGCACUCACUCCUACCACGGCAAAGAAGCUCAUUGAAAAUGGCUUUGAAAUCACCGUCGAGCGCGAUCCGCAGCGCAUCUUUGACGAUGCAGAGUUCGAGGCUGUCGGAUGCACCAUGGCAGACUACCACAGUUGGCCAAAGGCGCCCAAGGCCACUCCAAUUAUCGGUCUGAAAGAGCUGGACACGCCCGGCCCUGAUUUGGAAAACACGCACAUCCAAUUUGCGCACUGCUACAAGAACCAGGAAGGAUGGGUCGAUGUGCUGGGCCGUUUCAAGCGCGGUGGCGGCAAGCUGUACGACCUCGAGUUCCUCGAGGAUGCACAAGGUCGUCGCGUAGCUGCUUUUGGCUGGCACGCGGGCUUUGCAGGCGCCGCGCUUGGGCUUCUUGGUCUCGCCGAGCAGCUAAAUGGCGGCAAGCUCGGCGCGCAGACCAAGUUUGACAACGAGGACGCGCUGCUGAAGGAGACAUCCAAGGCGGUCGAGAACAUUCGCAAGCACCGUGCGGACGGCAAAGCGACCGCACUUGUCAUUGGCGCGCUGGGCCGCUGCGGCCGCGGCGCGGUGAGCUGUUUUGAGCGCAGCGGCAUGAAGCCAGAAGAGAUUGUGCGUUGGGAUUUGCAGGAGACGUCUGCUAAGAGCGGCCCUUACCAGGAGAUCCUUGAUGUAGACAUCUUUGUCAACUGCAUCUACCUGCGCAGCAAAAUUCCCAACUUUAUCGAUACCGCGUUUAUCAACCAGGCCGGAGCGAACCGCAGACUCGGUAUGGUGGUCGAUGUGAGCUGCGAUACAACGAACCCCAACAAUCCGCUGCCUGUCUACUCAAUCAACACCACCUUCGACAAGCCGACGGUCGAUGUUGAGCUCGCCAAGGGAGUGCCGAAAAUGGAAGUUAUCUCCAUCGAUCAUCUCCCGACGUUGCUUCCGCGCGAGGCGUCCGAGGCUUUCUCCGACGAUCUCUUGCCGUCCCUGCUCCAGCUGCCGUUUGUCACGGGUGCUGCAGGCGAGGAUGCACUGAAGCACACGCACGAAGAAGGCAAAGGCGCUGUGUGGACCCGCGCCGAGAAACUAUUCCGUAAGCACCUCGCGGAUGCUGUCGCGCACGGUGCGUAA